UAGCUAUGCAUCUCAAGUAGCCGUCCAAUGAAAGCAGAACUGCAAUUCGUUGGGAAUUGAAACAUCGGUGUUACCUACAUGAUACGCUCAUCAAGGCAGCUACAAUGCGUCGCCUUGAAGACAGAUGCCAAGGUAGAAAGGAAUCAUUUGGGAUCGAGCACGAAUGACACAGGAUACCUACCUAUUACCUAGGCGAGUACAUGUCCAAGUUAGGUAUGUAGGUUGUCGCUUAUCAGCUCCCGCCGUGGAUCCUUAUCGCCCCGGCCCUCGGGUCCUUAUGAACAACUCAACCCGCCGAAUUGGAGCGAAUACUCCCCUCUGUCUGCCUUGUUCGGUCAAACGUUUCGAAUAAGAUUGAUAGAGGCUGAAUCCUGCUGCUUAUUAUCGUACACACCGACAUCAGAUAAUCUAAUGGCUCCAGUCAUGGCGGCAAAGGUGAAGGUGAAGGUGGAGCCCCGCAUUAUCAUCCACGGCGGCGCGGGCAACAUCAAGCGCGAGAGCAUGAGCGCGGAUCAAUAUCAGCAGUACCGACGGACACUUAUUGAUAUCGUCACAUCAACCAAUACUUAUAUGACGACCCCAAGAGGCGCCACUGACAAACAUGUUUAUGGCUCCGUAUACCCCUCAGCUCUAGAGACAGCCACAUACGCCGUCGUCAAGCUCGAGAACAGCCCACUCUUCAACUCCGGGCACGGCGCCGUCUUCACGCGCGACGGCAUCAACGAGCUCGAGGCGUCGGUGAUGGUAUCGCGGGGUUUCGCGAAGCGCGGCGUCGGCGUGACCGGACUGCGGACCGUCAAGAACCCGAUCCUGCUCGCGAAAGCCAUGCUCGAGCACGGCGAGCGGGAUCUCGUCGGAAACACCGACCUGGGCUGGGCCGCGCGGGAAACCGAGGCUGAUUUAGACGUGCCGUCAGCGCAAGGACAUACCUUGAUCCACGGGGAGACAGCAGAGAUCUUGGCGAAGAAGUACGGAUUGGAUAUAGUAGACCCCGGCUAUUUCUUCACGCAGAAGCGGUGGGACGAGCACAUACGCGGCCUGGAGAAGGAGAAGCAGGGCAAGGGAUCGGCGACAUGGAGUGUCGACGAGUACGUUCCUCAGGGAACCUGUGGUGCUGUCGCGCUCGAUGAAAACGGCGUGAUUUGCGUCGCGACGAGCACGGGCGGUGUGACGAAUAAGCUCACGGGCCGCAUAGGUGACACGCCGGUCGUGGGCGCCGGGUUUUGGGCCGAGGAAUGGUCUGAGAAAGGGGAUCCCAGCGCAGCGCGGUUACACGCGGACGCGUGGGGAGGUUUGAGGGAGUAUUUGACGGUGCCGGGUCCUGUCGUGGAACUCUCUUCGGCUCUGCGUGGAUUUAUUGCGGAUUGUCUGCCGACACCCUUCACGUACAGGCCUGUCGCACAGAGACACUCUCACGCUGCUCACACGAGUAGCAAAGACGUAGUUGUCAUACGGUCAACUGCUGUCUCGGGUACUGGAAACGGUGACUCGUUUGUUCGAGUAGCUGCUGCUAGAUCAGUGGCGUCAAUUGCGCGAUGGGCCGGAUUGUCGGCCUCGGAUGCUGUGAACCGCAUCGCGGGGAGGGGUGGUGAGCUCGAGAAAAGUGCAGGCUCCAGAUGGGGAAAGACAGGUGAAGGCGAAGGCGGAAUGAUUGGUAUUGAAUGUACCAUUGGCAUGGACAAAUCAGGCGCCGUGCUGUAUUCAAGGUCGGAGAUACUACAAGAUCAUAAUUGUGCUGGUAUGUUCCGGGCUUGGAUUGGCGACGACGGAUUACCAGAAAUGAAGAUUUGGCAUGACCAUGAAAGCGAAAGCACAUGUUGAACACUGCAUGAA